AUUUUCAUUGUUUUAGAAGUUAUCCUUAUCCCAAAUUUUGUGAUGAUGUAGCGUACGAGUUAUUUCACAGCACCAGAUUUGAUCGUUGAGGGUUUCUGGUUCCCAAUUGUCCUUGUCUAUAUCUGAAUUAUGGGACGUUAUGGUGGUGGUGGUGCAAGAUGUGGCGUAGGUGGCGGAGGUGGCAGAUUUGGUAGGAGCUCUCGUUCAAAUGGUAAAGGUCUCGAUGACCAUUAUCGUAAUGCUGCUGCUGCCACAAAUAUAGAGUCUUGGAAUAAGGAGUAUGCAGGCUGUAUUGAUCGAAGUUUUAUGUCGUGCGAAGAGCUUACCUUGCUCUUUAAAGAGUGCGCAAGCUCUUUUGGGACUGAUGAUGGCAUGUGUCAGGCCUUCAGUAAAAAGAUGUCUAAAAAAAACUGUAGCGGUUCUACACAGUAUGAUAGUUACUUUGAUUAUUAUAUGAAAACUAAAAGAGAAGGGUGCGAGUCAGCUACUAGGCUCUUCAAAGAGUGUGUCAGUGAUCAUGGAAGUGGUGGUGAUUAUAAUUAUUGUAGCUUCUACGAGGAAACUUUGUCUCAGUACUGUGGUCGGAAGAUGUAGGUGGUUUCCGCACUUGAAGAUCGAUUGUAGGUCCUCCUUUGAAGAUCGAUUGUAGGGACUCGGCUUAAAUUAUGAGUUUGUUUACUUGUGGGAAUUGCUACUUGGAAUGUUAUAUAAGUUUUAUAUGUUAUAUGCAUCUAAUUGGGGCUCUACCUCUAGGUUGGGCCUGGGCUUCUCCCCAUUGUGUUUUGUUUAGGUAACCAGCAGAGCAUACUUAUUAAUUUAUCAUCAGUUGGCUUUUUAA